UCCGCCACCCACAACGGACUACUCGUGACUUGGGGUGACGAGGAGAGAAAUGCGGACUUGGGACGAGAAGGUACUAGGAAGCGGGUAUUGCGUGAGCGUGAGGUGUACGGAAAGGGGAGAAGAAAGAGAGAAGAUUGGUGGAAAGUAAGGAGAAUGGUGGUUGAGUGGAAGAAAGGAAUGGAAGUGGCGAGAAACAGAUUGACGUGGGGCAAAAGUUGGUUUUCGGACGGGGCGUGUUCAACAAGCAUUCGGACUUCGGACCGACGGCGUGUUCAGCAAGAAAGUCGCGAUUGCGUGUGCGACUCGGCAUGACACGAAGUGCGCAAGUUACUCGCAGCG